GUGUCGUGGAGUAGACAGCGUUGUGGGGGUAUAUAAGGGAGGUCUUCCACCAUGUAGGCAUCACUGUCCCCGACGUCUUCACACACACCAGACAUGAAGCUCGUAAUCCUCGCCUGCCUGGCCGCCGUGGCCGUCGCUGCCCCCCAGGAGGUCCGCCCCAUCGUGAACGUUCUCUUGGACGAACGCGUGGAUCAGGGUGAUGGCAACUUCAACUAUGCUCUGGAGACUGAUCACGGCAUCAACAUGAAGGCUGUUGGCACCCCAGGCUCACAGGGACAAGUCAACAUCCAGGGCAGCUACUGGAUGCCACGUGAAGAUGGUGGCUACGAGGAGGUCCGCUACGUUGCUGACGAAUUCGGCGUCCGCUACGAGUCUCCCCUCCUGCCCACCCCCCACCCUAACCCCGCCCACGUAGAAGAGCUCCUGCGCAUCGCCGAGAGACAGAGGGCUGAGGGCAUUACCUUCGAGUAAAUGACGAUGCCGUACCUAUGAUGACCAAGAUAACGAACCAACCUGAAGAAUAUUCUCAAGGGGACGACGUGAAUGGUGUAUAUAUGACGUUUGUACGAUUUUUUAUUAUAAUUUUUUUUUUAUAAGAGAAAUGAAAGAAAGUGUAAUGUGUUUGUAAUAAAUUGUGAUUUGUAAA